GGGACUUCAAAAUCAUCAGAGAGGUUUCCCGUGGCGCCUUUGGGACUGUAAACCUUGUGUGGCACAUCAAGACCAAGGAGAUCUUUGCGAUGAAGCAGAUUGCACUGAAAUACCCCAGCCAGAGAGCUGAUGUUCUGUUGGAACGGGACAUGCUCACCUACCUUGACCACCCCCUCGUCGUGCCCAUGUACUGCUCGUUUGAGACAGUAGGCCAAAUGUACAUGACGAUGGAGUAUGUGAAAGGUGGGGAUCUUGAAGACUUGUUGGAAAAGGAAAAGCAUUUUCGUAUGGACAUGGCCCAUUUCUACAUGGCAGAGCUUGUCUUAGCUGUGGAGUACAUCCACAGCUACGGCAUCCUGCACAUGGACCUCAAACCCAGCAAUCUGUUGAUCACUAAAGAGGGACACAUCAAGGUGGCUGAUUUCGGGCUGUCCAAGAUUGGGUCAGUCAGCACGGCAGCCUUGAUGACCGAAGCAGACUGUCGGCGAAAUGCCAGAGAGUUCACCGACACAGAGACAUGCGGCACACCUGUCUUCAUGGCCCCAGAACUGUACCUAAAGACGGGCUAUGGGAAGCCCGUAGACUGGUGGGCCGCAGGAGUGAUUCUCUAUAAUCUCCUGUACGGUGUAGUACCUUUCGAUGGCAACAAUAAAAAAGAGGUCGCUAAACUUGUGACCGAAGAUGACAUCCACUUUCCAGAUGGGGGACAUCCCAGCCUGGAGUUUGCCAGGCAGCUCAUCAGUGGUCUCUUGGAAAAGGACCCUGUGAGGCGUUUGGGUACACGAGGAGCCAGUGAGGUGAAAAGACACCCGUUCUUCCAGGGUGUGGACUGGAAGAAGCUCCCCUAUGAGACACCUCCAUAUGUCCCUGAUGUGAAAAAGAUGCUGGACGGCAGCAGCUUUUCAUGUACUCCUUCAAAGCUGCGCCUCACAUCCUCUGAUUCUGAUGAUGAUGACUAUGACGAACCACCUACAGGGCAAACAAACUUCUGCACUGUUGCCUUCCGCUUCAACAAGGUGUACGGCAGCCCAAUGCCCCUGUCCCCCUGCACGCCUAUGAAUCGGCGCCUGUUGUCAGCAAAGCCGGGAGACAGCGAGGCAAAGGAGGAGCAGCAGGAAAUUGAGGCGUCUGAUGAAGGUUUUUCUGACGAAGAGGACUCCGACGACAUGGGUUUCAGUGAAGCCUGUCUCGGACAAAGUGGACAUGGCGAAAGUCAAUCUGACAAUUCUUCACCUUCCCCCCACCACUCCGCUCCAGGCCAAAUGGACUCAGUCUACUUUGACAGUGAUUCUGAUGGAGAGGACAACAGCAAAUUUAAUUUCAGAUUACCCUGUCUCCGACAAAGUGGACGGGACGAAAGUCAAUCUGACUCCGCCCCUACACCUCCCCCCCACCACGCUGCUCCAGUCCAAAUGGACUCAGAAUACAUUGACAGGGAUUCUGAAUGGGAGGACAUCAGUCAGCAUUCCAGUGAAGCCUCUCUCCGACAAAGUGGACAGGACGAAAGUCAAUGUGACUCCGCCCCUUCACCUGCCCCCCACCACGCGUCUCCAGUCCAAAUGGACCCAGUGGAAGAGUGCCUGAGCGAGGACCUGCUCGAUGCCACCUGGUCCCUGCUGGACAUCCAGUUCCAGAUGGCCGAGCUGGCCAGAGACUUAAGCAACACGCUGCAGAACGAUCUGGUCAGGCCCGACUACUUUAUGGAGCUCCAAAGCCAACUGGUGGAUAUUCUCCAGGAGACCCACAAAGCCACCUGCAAGCCCACUGUUGAGGACGUCUCCAGUGAGGAGGACAGGGAACCAAAUAAUCAAGGCAGAUGGCCACCCACCCAGAGCCCGGUUCUGCUCAAGGUUUCUACCCGUUAAAGGGGAGUGUUUCCUUGCUACAGCGCAUAACCACAACUGUGCAAUGCUCAUGGGGUCUUACCCAUAUAUAUACGUAUAUAUGUGAAAUCUAUACGUAUAUAUGUGAUAUAUAUAUAUACGUAUAUAUUUGAUAUCUAUACGUAUAUAUGUGAUAUAUAUAUACGUAUAUGUGAUAU